AUGUCUGCUGCUAUGGACAGAGCUCUCAUGGCUCUUUCGCUGGAGGAAGAAGAAGAAGAAGUACCGUUCACUAUGCCGGAGCUACCUGGUUUCAGUUCGGCAGAAGAAAAUGCUCUAAGCCUUAUAGGAAGAACCCUCAACCCGGAGUGCCAAAAGAUGUCGGUUCUCAUCCUCACCAUGCCUCGGAAGUGGCAAAAAGAAGGAAGAGUAAGGGGUGUGGCGCUUUCUGAGGAAAAGUUUCAGUUUAUCUUCAAAACUGAACAUGAUUUGCUUGAUGUACUUGAGAAAGGAGUUCAGACAUUCAAUGAAUGGGCGAUAGUGCUAGAGAGAUGGGUAGAGAAUCCACCAGAUGAUUAUCUUCAAUAUAUUCCCCUGUGGGUUCAGAUUAGUAAGAUUCCGGUGAACUACUACACUCAUUCGGUUCUGAUGUCGCUGGGGGAAAUGCUAGGGGAGGUGAAGGUGGUUGCUUUCGAUCCAUCGAAACCUAUUGCUCAACCAUUCAUAAGAGUUCAAGUCCGCUUCAAUGUAGCAAAUCCCCUGAAAAUGGCGAGAGUUCUCAACAUGGGUGGAGGCAAAACCCACAUUAUUCACUUUGAUUAUGAGCAGCUGCAAAAGCGAUGUUUUACCUGCAAAAGAUUGAAUCACGAGAAAACCAUAUGCCCGUGGGAGGUUAAAAAAAGACAGGACGCGGCGAGCUCGAGAAGAGAGAAGAUUAUCGCUGAGAAGAGUAGAGUGAUAACAGUGCUGAAGCCAACUGAUCCUCUAUUUGGAGUACUUGAUGAGGAGCAGGUAGGAAUCAAUCCUAUGACUGGGAGGCCUAAAAUAGCAAAUGAAGUGUUAGAAGAGAUGAGAAGGUUCCUUAUAGCCGAUACAGGUGAAGCUCUAACUGUCAAGAUUGACAAGGUGAAGAAGUCUGUUGCUGAAGCAGAGAAGGAUCCUAUAGUGCAAAAGACUAUUCUGAGGCUUGAAACAAUCCCUAUCAUCACAACAGACCUCAACAAAGGCAAAGGUCAUGUCUUUGACUAUGGACAGAAGGAGGCUGAAAGGUGUAACUGGGAUCUCAAUGUCAAUCCCAAUAAACUCAUGGCGGCAUCGAUGAAAGCGAACAGAAACAUGAGUUCUUUCAAAGCUAUUAUGAGCGACAGUAAAGGCUAUUCUGAAGAGUCGGAGAGUGACUUCAGGGGCACGUUAUCUGACCUUCCUACGGUAUUUCGGGCUGGUUCUACGGAACCGUGCUCUUCCGGGACGGUUAGGAAACGGGGUCCUAUCAGAAGGAGGCCACCACGAGCGCAACGACAGAGGAACAUGUUAGCUUUGAUGGCUGAUAAUAGCGUGCAGGAAGAGGAGAGAAGAGAUGGAAAACAAGAGGUAGGCUCAAGGAAGAGAAAGAAGAUAAACCAAGAUGCAGUGGCUGUCGUCACUAACAAGGCUCAGUGCCUUAAGGUGAUCCCACAUGAGGGAUCGCCCUCUUCCCAAUGA